AUCGCACGGUGAUCGCGGUAUUUGUGUGUGCAUUCUUGGCAGGUGUAUCGAUGCCUGGUGUAUAUCUGCAAAGCCCGUUGGAUUCGAGUUGGAUGGAGCGAGAGGGAGACGGAUGAUGACGUGGCGUCGAGUUGAGGCCGCUCUUCUGAGAUCCCGUUGCCGUUAGCGAUGACGAGGGACGUGGAUGGACGAGCGGCGCUCGACGUUCGGAUGAAUUUUGGCUAGACGCACGUGGAUCCUGGCGAGAUGUCGAGCUUACGCGCGAUUUGCGGCGCCUAGUAGGCCAUGUGACGCGAGACAACUGGAAUGACGAUCGCGUCGCGCUCGGUAUUGACGCCGGACAUCGCGGAAAUGCAGGACUUCAGGGUGCCAUCCACGCUGCCAUCUUGAAUCAGCUGUCAAGCAGACGAUACGCAGCGUUUCCAGCGCGUUGUUUGCUUCCCCGUGGGACAUGGAAAUAUCUGAAGACAAUGGACAAGUAAAAAGUCAACCGACAGACUUGAUCUCAGCAUACGACAGGCGGAAAAGCGAUGAGCCCGAGGAUCUCAAUGAAGUCGAGAUAAUUACAUCGGCGCAACAUUUUUGUACUAUCGAGAUUAAAGAGGCCAAGAGCUACGACGAUGAGAAAACGAUCGGCAAGGACCAGAGCGAGGCAAAUGUGUUAAACACUUCGGAAUCCACUUUAGGGAACGCACAGCAUACAGAGAACGGUGAUACUGUUACCGACGUGCUGACGGAACCGAUUUAUUUGGACACCUUGGACUCUGAUUCCAUAAAUAUCGAAUUUCAAAAGCAGUCGCACGCGACGGAAGUGUACAUUCGGAACACCGACGAGCAGAUACAAACGACCAAUUAUAAUAUAUCCACAGUGACGAUAUCGAACGAACUCUUGGAUGGACUUAAUAUCAAUAUAAAAAAAGAGGAUGACGACCACGGCACGUUGUAUACUGCGGAGUGGUUAUGCGACGGCAACAAUGACGCUAAUAUACAACUGAGAAUCUUGAAGGAUACUAAACAGAAUAUACAGAUUCCUGUCGAUGUCGGCACUAACAACGUAAUCGCGUUAGCAAAACGUAAGUGUCAAUUGACGGAUGGCAAGGAUAAUCUUCUUGAACAGGAAAAGACCAAAGUAGGAACCAGAAGAAUAAAAAAACACGCCAGGCUGAAAUCUGCCGCACAUCAUCAAGACUACAGGGAAAGAUUGAGGAAGAAGGCUGAGUGUAUGAGAGAAAAACGGAAAAGAUUGUACGAGCAAGAGAGCGAGGAGCAACGUUUGCAGAGGUUGGCGAAAGAAGCGGCGAAAAGAAGGGAACUAAGAAUGUAUUACGAGACGCCGGAGCAACGAAGGAAACGACUCGACGCCGAGGCGGCGAGAAAGAGAGAAUACAGAAUGUACAACGAGACGCCAGAAGAUAGGAGGAAACGCCUGGAUCGCGAGGCCGAAAGAAGAAGAGUCAAAAGACUAUCGUUGUACGCGAACGAAACACCAGAGCAGAGGAGAGAAAGAUUGAAUAAAGAAUCGGCGAAGAGACGAGAGGCCCGAUUGAAUCAAUAUGCUAAGGAGACAGAGGAGGAGAGGAAGGAAAGAUUGCGAAAGGACGCGCUGAGAGCCAGGGAAAUGAGAUUCACGAGGUCUGCCAUCGAGACGGAGGAGGAGCGUAGGCAAAGGUUAGUAAAAGACGCCCUUAGAAAGAGGGAGGUAAGGAUGCAUGGGGGCCAUACGGUGAACAAUAAUUUUACGGAACUCCGAACCGUUCGCAAUUUUCAAGAAUUGAACGAUGUGCAGAUAAGGGACAAUCCUGAAAAUCAAAUGCCGGACGGCCAUUAUCUGAGCAACUGGAUGAUGUGGUUUCAAAACACAUUGACACAACCGGUUCACAAUAGAGAACAGGUCGCGGAGCCGCAAGUGCAGCACAAUAGAUAACUUGUUUUCUGUUACAAAAAAAAUUUUUGACGACUUUCGAACGAUAAUAGAGACCAAUUUGGAUGUGCUUUAUAUAUGCUUCCCAUAUAAUUUCCGGAUAUGGAGUGAUAAAAUCAAUAACGGCACAACUACCGCUGCGCCAAUUACUCUUAAUAACAUUACGAUAAUUACAAUAGCAAUAGCAACAGAGUUAUAAAUCCAUGUUAGAACCAUUAUUUUAUAAUAUGUAUAAACGCUGGAAGUGAACAUAACUACGCCGUUUCAUCGAUAUAAAAGAAAAUUAUAUAACUAUUUGCAUUACGUCAAAAUGCUGACGAUAAACAAACAAUUUAGAGAACAAUCGAACGUUUUUCAGUGUGUUUAACCGAAACGAUUAUUUAAAUAUUUAGAAGUUUUCCGUUUGUAAAAGAUACGUCUUAAAAUAACACUGUGAAAUAUAAUCACUAAUAAUUAUCACUAUCACGUAAUAAUAGUGAUAACUCUUCGAUAUUAGGUUUAAGUGUGUAAAUAGAUUUUGCUGAGAACAUGACGUUGCGAAAUGAGAGAAUGGGAGUUGUACAUUAAAACUAAACAAGAGAAGCAAUUCUUGCCAGUGCCUUUUAUUCAUUGUUCAACAAAAUAAGCGUUCAGAUUCAAAUCAUUAAUACAUACCGCAUUUGAACAUGAGUGAAUGAUUCUGGUGAUAGUUCGACUGUCUCUUGUACUAUUUGUACAUAUAGUUACUACGUACUACUAUGUACUUCUUUCUACAGUUCCUUUGUAAUAAAUAAAAUAAUAAAUUAUGUUAUAAGUCAUUC